ACGAAUCUAUUUAGAAUCUAGAUCUAGAUUUAGAAUACAGUACUGAGUACGAUAACAUCCACACACCACUGAAGAAGAUACUCAUUAAAAAGCACAACAAAAUCAACAUAUCCGGUUGAUUUUUCAAAUUUAGUGGGCCCUAAGUCUUUAAGCAGUUAUGUUAGAGGUUAGAGGAUAGACAAAACGUUUUUAAACUUUCUUCUCUCAAGAGUUGUGUUAGUUCAGUCUAGAUAACAAAAUGUCAGGCAACCAGAGGAGAAAGGCUCAAGCAGGACAGCAAGCUGCGGCUGCUGGUAAUAAAGGUCAAGCCGGACAGCAACCUAUGUCUGCUGGUACUAAAGGUCAAACAGGACAGCAACCUGUGUCUGCUAGUAGUAAAAGUCCAGCUCGUCCCCAGCAGAGAGCCAACCAAGUGUCUCGCGACAAGCAAAAAAUAUAUGAUUCAUAUUGGUCUGAGGAGGAUGUUAAGAACGGUAUUAAAAGAGGAGAGUUGAUUGUAGGUCCACUACGAAUCAACCCAAAAAACUAUGAGGAUGCCUAUGUUCCCAUGCCUGAUGGAUCUGCUGACAUAUUUAUAGGUGGGAUGAAGGACCGCAAUAGGGCUUUAAACCUCGACGAGGUGGUUGUACAAGUGUACCACUAUGAAAAAUGGCGGGUGUUUGUAGACGACUUUGAAAACUAUGAGCGCAGUGUUGCUGAGGAGAGGUUAGUUGUGGAGGAGAGUGAUGAGGAUUCUGGACCAGAUGCUAUUGUGGAGAGUGAUGGGGAUGAAGGGAACAAUUUGGCACUCGCACUUUCUGAUAAAUUGGAUAUAUCUGAAGGUACUCCAGGGGCUGCUGGAAAAUUUCAAGAUAAGUCCCCGCAGCGCAGCAAUAAAAACAAAGCUCAGACCACACCCAGCCAAGGCAGCAGCAAAGGGACUCCAAUGAAGAAGAUCUCUUCAGUGUCUGAUAUGAGACAUAGCGGAAGUCCUCUCGCCAAAAAUUUAUUCGGGACUAACCCCAACGGCAGCGAAGCACCUGAUUCUGAAUUGGGCAACAGGUUUACUCAGCGCACUGGGCGGGUUGUGUACAUCUAUGAGAAGAAGCACUCAAGGGCCGCCAGUGGACGCCUGAAGUUGAUGCCAGACAAAAACAAAAACCUCGCCCUGUUCUCACCUACAGACAGCAGAAUUCCCAGAAUUCUCAUUCCAAUGUCAGAAUGUCCCAAAGAUUUUUACCAGCGCCCUGAAGAUUUUUCUCAGACGUUAUUUAUAGCACGCAUUCUUCAGUGGGAUGAGACUUCAAAAAUGCCAAAAGGAACUCUGGCCAGGAGUCUGGGAGAGGCUGGGGAGAUUGAACCUGAAACCAGCGCCUUGUUGAUAGAACUAGACAUCGAUGACUCUCCUUUCAGCGACAAGGUAAUUCAGUGUCUACCUACCAAUCUUCCAUGGACCAUCCCUGAUUCAGAAUAUGCCUAUCGCAAGGAUCUCCGCAGCUCUUGUAUCUUUACGAUAGACCCAGCUACUGCGCGAGAUUUAGAUGAUGCGGUCUCCAUUGAAGAUCUGGGUGGUGGAAAGUACCAAGUAGGGGUACACAUAGCUGAUGUCAGCUAUUUUGUGAAAGAGGACACAGAGCUGGACAUGGUGGCAUCACGUAGGGCAACUAGUGUUUAUCUAGUGCAAAAGGUUGUCCCUAUGCUUCCUCGUCUAUUGUGUGAGCAACUAUGCAGCCUCAACCCUGAUGAAGACAGACUUACAUUCUCCGUGAUCUGGACCCUCAAUGAGAAAGGGGAAAUUUUUGAUGAAUGGUAUGGGCGAUCAGUUAUAAGGUCCUGUGUGAAACUAAGCUAUGAGCAUGCCCAGGGCUUUAUUGAAGAUCCAGGAAGACAAUGGCGCGAUGACGAGUUACCUCCCAUCACCAACUCAUUUACAGCUAGUGAUAUCGUCACCAAAGUUCUUUUAUUGAACAAAAUCGCGGUAAAUUUGAGGAAGCAGCGAUUUGACAAUGGUGCACUCAGACUAGAUCAGGUUAAACUACAGUUCGCCCUAAAUAAAGAAUCGGGUUUACCCAAUGGCUAUUCUGUGUAUCAACAGAAGGACAGCAAUAGGCUGAUUGAAGAGUUCAUGCUGCUAGCAAACAUGGCUGUCGCUCAUAAGAUCAAAACAAGCUUCCCAGAUACAGCCAUCCUCAGACGUCACCCUCCACCUCAAGUCAAACCUUUAGAGGCAGUUGAGGAACUGUGUGAAAGUUUUGGACUGAAGAUAGAUGCAGCUACAGCUGGUGAUUUACAGAAAUCUUUACUCAAGUACCACAAAGAAGACGAUUUCUCUCUAGCCAGGAUUCAAGUACUAGUUGUACUCAUUUCUAAACCAAUGCAGAAUGCCAAAUAUUUCUGUUCUGGUGCCAUCCCAGAUGAGAACAUGUACCACCAUUACGCCCUGAAUGUUCCCCUCUACACGCACUUCACGUCCCCAAUACGCAGGUACCCAGACAUUCUGGUGCACAGGCUUUUGGCAGCAGCCUUAGACUAUUGUGAACCACCAAAGCGUUCUAUCCAAGUUUUACAAAGGCAGGCAGAACACUGCAAUGACAAGAAGCAAACAGCUAAGAUGGCUUCAGAACGCAGUAAUGAAAUGUUCUUCUCCCUGUUUGUCAAGGAAGCUGGACCACUGGAAGAGAGUGGUAUGGUUAUGGCAGUCUUAGACAAAUCAUUUGAUGUUCUUGUAUUGAAACUGGGCGUGGUCAAGAGGGUUUACUUGGAGAGGCUGCCUUUGGCGUCUUCUCAGUACCACAAAAACUCCAAAUGUCCUGAGCUUCUGCUUGAAUGGAAGCCAGACGAAUCAUGUCAUCGCUCAACCAGACAUAAGAUCACUCUAUUCUCCAUUGUUGAGUGCUGCCUCGCAAGUGAUAAGGAGCCCCUCAAGUGGUCUUGUAUUAUCAAGAGACCAAAAGAUGAGAUCUCUUACAUGGAUGCUGGCCAUGAUUGAAAGACUGAAAGCCUUCACAAACAUUUUGGGUGCUUGCCUCCCCUCGGGAAAGGCUAACAACACAAUGCAACAAAAUAAUUCUGUGAUUAACUCCCCUUUUUACCAAUGUGUAUAUGAACAGAACUAUUUAUAUCUUAAACUUAACUUAAAGCUUUUCUAUUUUAUAAGUAAGGGUUGACUGUUUUGAUCAAUGGUUCACAAAUUUUUAUUUAACCCACUAUUUUCUAUUUCCAGAGUAGGAUAACUAAAUAUACUUCAGGUACCUUGUACAUAUCUUCUACAUUACAUUUAGUAUGCAUGCUGAACUCACUAUUAUGCUGUCAGUUCAGUUAUAUUUAGUGUCAAUGCUUUCUUUUUAAAUCAUGAAAUUCAACUUUUCAAUUGUCUGUUGUGUGUGUUAUAAUUGUAUGACAUUUAUAUCCAUUGCCACCUGCAUUUUAAGAUUUAGUUUUGAUUUGGUAAUUGAUUGGGCAGUCAAUUGUUAUUGAAAAAGUACAGGCUUUAAAUUUCAUAAAUAAAUAUUCACUUUGGUUGAUUUGGUAUUUUUUCAUAUUGCUUGUUAAAAUAAAUAAUUAACUCCCUUCCUUUCUUAAGUGAUGUAUAGUGCAGGUGCUUAUGUUUAUAGCAUGUCAUUGGUCAGAGGGUGUAUGUGCAACACUUUUGUAUGGUUGUGAAAUAUUUUUUUUUCCAGUUGUAAUUAAAUUUUUAUUGAGUUUGUAUUAUGUGUUUGAAAAAUGGCGUCCAGCUCAUUGAAGUAUUCUAGUCUUACAUUUCUUUAACUUUUCAUCUGAGGUAUUCUCUUUUGAUACCUCUCACUUCUGUUACAAUUUAAGGCAGUGUCUUAUAAAACCAGGGACUAUUUCUUUUAUAUGUUUAGAAAUAAGUGUCUAAAUAAGGCAAAUUUGGAUCAUAUGAAAUUUUAGACGUCAGCUUUGAAGCCUGCCCACUUUGAGGCCUGCCCUCGGUUAUAAGUUAGGACUCCUGCAUGCAAAAAUAAAGUAUUUUUAAAAAAUCUGUUGCUGAAAAUAUAUCCCUUUAAAAUAUUAAAUUUAACACUUUUGAAGUUUUAAUUUUUUAGUUAAACAGAAACAAGAUUAAAAGUAAUUUUUUUUCGUUAAAACAGAAACAAGAUUAAAAGUAAAUUAUUUAGUUGAAACAGAAACAACAUUAAAAGUACAUUUUUACUUAAAACAGAAACAAGAUUAAAAGUAAAUUUUUUAUUACAAGCUGACUUAGCCCAAAAAAAAAUUCAAAUUUAUCUGGCCUUUAGGAAAUCAAAUAUUUAUUUAUGUAUACAAGAUGCCCCAUAGACUGUCAGGUUUGAAAGGGAAACUUUAUACAAGAUGCUAAUCACUGUACUUCCUAUUUAACUGCUGUCAGUUUAAAAACAGUCUUAGUGAUGAAAUUACGUUUUUUAAAAGUAACAGAUUUUAUUAAAAGAAUUUGCAAGAACUUGUUAAAAUAUGUAGGCCAACAUAAGUGUAGAAUCAUCAAAAUGGAAUGACAUCACCACACUUUAAUUUGUUGAUUUGCCUAAGUGAUCACUGAAUCAUGUUUUAGUGGUGUAAAUUUUGUUGAAGACCACAUGCUACUACUGCUCAAUAAAAUACAUGAUC